CCAAGACAUUCAAGAGACAACAACCGAUAGAGCUAACCUUCUUCAAGAAUAGACUGUUCAGCUGCAGACGUCUAUUAGGGUGCGCGCUGACACGAUGGCGGGUCCGGGUCCACCAGGGUUCUGGAGCUGGGCGGCCCUGCUGCUGAUAGCGACCACUGCUUCAGUGACUGCUAAAGACAUUGAGCUCGAGGAUGGAAGUUUGCCUCAUGAGGGCAGAGUUGAAGUGGAGUAUGACUGGUCGUGGGGAACCGUCUGUGACGACGGUUUUGACAUGAACGACGCCCACGUGGUCUGCCGUCAGCUGGGAUACAAAAGCGCUGAAGAGGUCCGAUCUCAAGCAGCCUUCGGGGAGGGGUCCGGGAAGAUCGUGCUGGACGACUUGGCCUGCGAGGGUUCCGAGACGAACAUCGAAGACUGCAGUCACAACGGAUGGGGCAUACACGACUGUCAGCACAGUGAGGACGUUGGUGUGGUCUGCACGGUACUAGGAUGUGAGGAUCCGCUUGGGGUGAAACCUCCAGACUCACCUGGCGGCAGAAGCAUACCUGAUAGCAGCAUCACUGCAUCUUCGUCCUUACCCGAUCACCCACCCCAUGCCGGACGCUUGGACUCUAACAGCUACUGGGCAGCCGGUCAGAACAUAGUCGGGGAGUGGUUACAGGUGGAUCUAGGAGUGGCGGCGCGAGUCACCGGCACCAUCAUUCAAGGUUCUUCCUCCGGAUCCUGGAUCACGUCCUACAAACUCCAGUACAGCGAAGAUGGGACCAGUUGGACGACAUAUGUGGGCAGCGAUGGCUCAGAGAAGAUUUUUGCAGGCAACACGGACGACAGCACAGCUGUAACAAACGAACUGGAAAACCCAGUUUAUGCCCGUUAUGUUCGCUUCGUGGUUCAGGAGUGGAAUGGAGCCAUCACUAUGCGGGCUGAAGUCACAGGCUGCACCGGCUGUAAUAGUGAUCCCCUUGGGGUGGCAGACAGUACCAUACCUGAUGGCAGUAUCACUGCAUCUUCGGCCUUACCCGAUAACCCACCCCAUGCCGGACGCUUGGACUCUAACAGCUACUGGGCAGCCAGUCAGAACAGAAUCGGGGAGUGGUUACAGGUGGAUCUAGGAAUGCGGACGCAAGUCACCGGCACCAUCAUUCAAGGUUCUUCCUCCGGAUCCUGGAUAACGUUCUACAAACUCCAGUACAGCGAUGACGGGACCCGUUGGACGACAUAUGUGGGCAGCGAUGGCUCAGAUAAGAUUUUUGCAGGCAACACGGACGCCAGCACAGCUGUAACAAACGAACUGGAAAACCCAGUUAAAGCACGUUAUGUUCGCUUCGUGGUGCAGGAGUGGAAUGGAGCCAUCACUAUGCGAUUUGAUGUCGCAGGCUGCACCGUCCUAGAUCCAGUGCUCUCCGGGCUGACUCUCGAUGAUGUCGGAAAGGAUCACCUUUCCGUUUCUUGGACCAUCAGUCGGGAUGCUUACCGGUAUGUCAGCCUCUACAGCCUCAGCUACCGGGAGGACGGGUCAGGAUCCUACCAGGAGCUGGACCCCGCACCGGCAACAGACGCCGAAUCAGCUACCGUGUCGGGGCUGCAGGCCGACACGGACUACCACCUCGUGCUCUAUACUACUGGCGUGCUAACCGGAGUUACCUUCGGAACCUACAGAACAGCCCCACGGCUCACUGGGCUGACCCUCGACGAUGCCGGGAUAAAUAGCCUCACCGUUGACUGGACAGUCAUCGGGAAUCUUCCGACCUCACGCUACAGCCUCCGGUACGAGCUAGCAGGCGGGUCGGACUCGCACCAGGAGCUGGAUCCCGCACCUGGAGUAGGGGACACCUCGGCUACCGUGUCGGGGCUGCUCGCCUACACGGAAUACACCCUCACGCUCACUUCUUAUGACCAGGACGACGUGACGAGCGCAGAAAUCAGCGGAACUUACAAGACAGAACCAGCGAUCUCGGACCUGGAGGUCGAGUCGUACGCGUAUACUGAUCUGAAAGUUUCCUGGACAAAGGAGGCUGGUGCUCAGAUUGACAGCUACAGCCUCAGCUACGAGCUGGCGGACGGGACGGGCACGUCUGAGGACCUGAACCCCGCACCGGCAGCAGGCGCCACCUCGGCUACCGUGUCGGGACUGCUGAUCUACAAAAGCUACACCAUCACGCUUACUUCUUUUGAUGACCAGGGCCGGGAAAACGGAGUAAUCGUCGGGACUUUCAGGACAGAAUCACCGAUAUAUUUCGAUGACCGAGACCAGGGCCCUACUUCUGUGGAAGUUUUUUGGCAAACGAGCGAUGAUCUCCAAAUUGGCAGCUACAUCCUGAGCUACGAGCCGGCGGACGGGUCGGGCACGUCUGAGGACCUGGACCCCGCACCGACAGACGGCGACUUCUCGGCUAAAGUGACGGGACUGCUGCCCUACACAAGCUACACCAUCACGCUCACUUAUUUUGACGACGACAACCAGCGAAGCGGAUUCAUCAUAUACUCUGGGUUAAGGACAAAAUCAGUGAUCUCGGGCCUGACCCUCGAAAGGGCCGGGGUUGAUGAUCUGGAAGUUUCCUGGACAAAGGAUCCCGAUUUUCAGAUUGACAGCUACACCCUCAGCUACGAGCCGGCAGACGGGACGGGCACGCCUGCAGAACUGACCCCCGCACCGGCAGCAGACGCCACCUCGGCUACCGUGCCGGGACUGCUGCCCUACACACGCUACACCAUCACGCUUACUUCUUCUGACCAGGGCCGGCAAAACGGAGGCCUCAGCAAGACUUACGAGACAGUAUCAGUGAUCUCGGGCCUGACCCUAGUAAGGACCGGAGCUACUGAUCUUGAAGUUUCCUGGACAGAGGAGGAUGGUGAUAAGAUUGACAGCUACACCCUCAGCUACGAGCCGGCAUACGGGACAGGCACGUCUGUGGACCUGGACCCCGCACCAGCAGCAGGCGUCACCUCGGCUACCGUGCCGGGACUGCUGCCCGACACAACAUACACCAUCACGCUCACUUCUUCUGAUGAUCAGGGCCGGGAAAACGGAGUAAUCGUCGGGACUUUCUGGACAGGUGAACCAGUGAUCUCGGACCUGACCCUCGAAAGGGCCGGGCUUACUGAUCUGGAAGUUUCCUGGACAAAGGAGGCCGGUGUUCAGAUUGACAGCUACAUCCUGAGCUACAAGCUGGCAGACGGGAUGGCCUCAUCUAUGGACCUGACCCCCGCACCGGGAGCAGACGACACCUCGGCUACCAUGUCGGGACUGCUGCCCUACGCAAACUACACUAUCACGCUCACUUCUUCUGGCCAGGCCAACCAGCAAAUCGGUUUUAUCAAAGGGACUUUCUGGACAGAAUCAGUGAUCUCGGGCCUGACCCUUAUAUGGGCUGGGAUUGAUGAUCUUGAAGUUGCUUGGUCGAAGAGGGAUGGUUAUCAGAUUGGCAGCUACAUCCUCAGCUACGAGCCGGCGGACGGGACGGGCACGCCUGUGGACUUGACCGACCCACCGGCAGCAGGCACCACCUCGGCUACCGUGUCGGGACUGCUGCCCUACACAAGCUACAACAUCACGCUCAACUCAACUGAUGACCAGGGCCGGCAAAACGGACAUACCAUCGGGACUUUCAGUACAGAAUCAGCGAUCUCGGGCCUGACCCUCGAAAGGGCCGGGCUUACUGAUCUGGAAGUUUCCUGGACAAAGGCUGAAGGUGUUCAGAUUGACAGCUACACCCUCAGCUACGAGCCGGCAGACGGGACGGGCACGUCUAAGAACCUGGACCCCGCACCGGCAGCAGACGACCUCUCGGAUAUCGUGUCGGGACUGCUGCCCUACACAAGCUACACCCUCACGCUCAACUCAACUGAUGAUCAGAGCCGGCAAACCGGACAUACCGUCGGGACUUUCAGGACAGGUGGGUAGUACCGACGUAAUGAGACAGUUAAC